CGCCAAUGUUCACUGGACUUAAGCCCAAUUCAUACUUCUUUUAGUAUGACACUUCUUUUAGGUUCUAUGCUAAUUUCAUUUGCGUUUUUUGGACUAGUCCGUGGUAAUUAUGUUAGUGUUAAAGUCAAUAUGUCCUGUGAAAAUGGCGUUUGCUCAAGAAAAGCAGAUCAAGGACCAUGUGUAGUCAAAGAUGACCAACAAAGACUUUUCAGAUGGGAACCAGUCAAGGUAUUUUAUUUCCUUUGUACCAAGAUCAAACAUUAGAUUUUAUUUAUCUCAUUAUUUUACCCAUAUGAUCGUGAGUAAAACUUAGCUCAACAGCUCCUGGGAAAGUGUGUCCCCAAGGAGAUCCAACCGACCCGCGAUUCGGGUUCCUCGCGGGUGACACAGCAUAGCACACACUUAGCUUGGUGCAAAAGCGAAAUGGCUGCGUGAACAAAACUAACCAUGGCUGUCACUGUCUUCUUCCACUCCUAAAAGUGCGACAAACUUUCAUUUAAUUUAAAAGUAAUUCUGAAAAUAAAAUAUGAAAAAGACCGGUGAAAGUACAACUGAGGAACGUUAUUUAAAUAAUUUUUCCAUAGGCUUUUAUUCACAACAAUUCACAAGACUCUGAUCUUUUGAAAUGCCUACACAGCUGACUAUGCGAGUGAAGGUUUAUCAAUUGGGUACGUGGUAAAGGAAUAUAUUGCUUUACGAACCUUCAUUUUCAUCCUUUCAACCACAGUCUUAACUGCAGGCUACUAAUCUCGUACUGCCAGAUUUCACUCUCAUUCACUCUGUCUCCCGCAGUGACGAUGCAAAACAUUUUAACUCGGUGGUAACUCUGUUAGGGACUGUCGUAUUACAUGUUUCAUUGGCGGGUCUGGAAGGGUCUUGCCAGGAUCCAGGGUUUGACCGAAAUAUAGUGCAGGAUAUGGGAAAACCGCAAAAUUUCUUGACAGAUACGGGAUUUGACCGCUACUCGGGAAGCGGUAUUAGCCGUAUUCACACUUGAGACGGGUUAUCCGUUGGAUAAUUCGCAUCAGACAGAUAAUACGCCUUAAUUUGAAAAUGAAACGGUCUUAAGUUUGGAUGGACAAUCCGCCUGACUUUAUCCAUCUGUUUUUCCGUCUCUAGUGUCAUCCGUCUCUAGUGUGAAAACGGCCAUUGAAAAAGGAAACGGCAUUCGGGAUAGAGGUGACAAAAGUUCGGGAACGGCAUUGUCGUGAAAAAUGACAUCUAAACAUCCACAUCCCCCCCAUCUAAACAUCCACCCUUCCAGAUCACCCUGAUUGUGCAACAGGCCAACGAAAUCGCGGCUCUGAAGCUACACUGGAUGCCGUGGAUGCGUAAUGACGGCUUUUGAUUUGUUUGUCAGAAAGGUCACGUGAGAGUGUUAGAGCUAGAACCUGGAGAAAAAUUCAAGAUGAUAACAUUGGCAUCUAAACCAGCAAUUUUUGGUGAGACUUUUUUGAUUUCAAAAAUAGAAAUCAAUAUUCAUUUCUACUGAUAAGCUUUAAUUCUUCAUUUCACUUAAUAAGCCUCUACAUCGCCGGCCUUGUUUUAAAAAAAAAGAAAAAAACUUGUGCUGCACAGCUUAUGUAUGGAGCAUGGGGGUAUUCAGUGGAAAGCGUAGUUAUCUUAAGUUUGCCAGUUGUGUAGUGUCCAACAGCUACCUGUGUCGUGAUCACUCUUCACCAUGUGCACUCAGAAGCUAACUAAUUCCUCCCGAGCCCCAGGAUGUCUAAGAUCAGGGCGCAAUAAGGUCAUGAAGAUAUAAAGGCCAGCUAAAAUUUGGCCAAAUGUCUACAAAACCUUUCACAACAUUCUGGCCAAUACGAGGCGGCAAUAAAGAUGUGAAUUCUUCUAAUUACCUGUGCAACAAAACCAGCAUGUCAUUCUAUAAAAAAACUUACUUCAUCGCUUUGCUAUUGUUGUAUAUGUUUUGUUGUUAUUUUUCUUUUAAGAUCAGCCUCACCGUUAGAUAUCACCCUUUACUUCAUGUUUUCAGAGCUGCCCAAUUUUCUAAGUGAUGAAGAAUGUGAUCACAUUAUCGAGCUAGCUGAAAUGUUUGGCCUCGAAGGCAGCAUAAUGCAUACUGAUGAAUAUCAAGAAAAACACAGGAAGGAAGUUAAAGGUACUAUAUUGAAAGAGGGUCUCAAUGGGGUUAACCAUCAGCACGCUCAAAUGCCUUGAACGUGAAAUGACCAAAUUUUGAGUUGACUUGAGAACGGGAACAGCAAGGCGGUAAAUUUCACUUUGAAUUCGGACGCGGUGGACCCCUCUCUUCAGUUCUAACUUCACUCAAGUGACUGGGUGACUUGGUUUAAGGGCAAAAAAGUUUCAAAGAAAGCGAAGUCUAUUUUUCCAAGACUUUUUUAGUGGUGUCGCCGUUGUCGGAUAGUAAGGUCCUUAAUACUAACCGUCAACCGUCAGAAAAGGUUAUAUUUUAUCGUCAACAGUCAAAAAUGCAGAUUGAGAUUACCCGUCAAAACUCUUCAUGAUAUUUCAAAUCUCACUAUUUCGGCGGAUCUUCACGGAAUUCUAGCUCCUGUAGAAUCCCUAAACUGAAAAAACCAGUUCCCUUGUUCUCAAAAACACUCUUUCAAGGCAAUACCGAACCAUCUGCUUUUAUUUAUAGAACCGUAAUUUUCUGAAUGGCCCAGUGAAGAUUACGAAGUUGAACCGAUUUUUUUUCUAAAAUCCUUCCAUUUGUGUCGUUUCGUCGAGGACGACGUAUUUUCGAGUAAAUACGAUACUGCAGGCUCUCAUAGCUCUCCCCGCCGUAGGCCGUUCGGUACUCGUAGUCAAAGAGUUAAAAUGUCAAAUCUCAGUUAAAAUAUCCAAUCACAAAUAGUGUAACAACGACUUUAGGCGGGGUCUCCACUGUCGUGAAAUUUUUACGUGAGUUAACGCGCGUAAAAUUUACGUACGUAGAUAAAAUGUAUGAAAAGUGAACGGGUGUAAACGUGAAAGUCGAGCGAGGUUCAACUUUUAUUUUUACGCGCGACCUUUCGUAAAUCGCCUGUAUUUUAUCUAAAAGCACGUAUUAAUUAUUUACGUGUGUACACAUGUAAACAUUAUGCGACGGUGUUAAUCCACCCAGGGGCGGAUCCAGAAUUUUUUUUAGGGGGGGGUGCACUCGUCUCUUGCUCUACUUCAACACCAAUAAACCACGUAGUUUUUUUUUUUUUUUUUUGCAGAAUACCAGUUAUAUUAGAAAACCGCAGGUCAUCUCGGGGGGGAGGGGGGUGCGCACCCCCUGCACCCUCCCCCUAGAUCCGCCCCUGCCACCUGAACAGAAGUUAAUUAGUAACUCUCACCAACCAUACCUUUUUAACUGUAGGUCACGCGGUUGGAGCCGCUGGAAUAUUUGCAAGUUGGGACAAAAAUAAAGACAAAGAGAUAACAAAAGAAGAGGUUUAUAGAUUAAUUCUACGUUUUUUCUUGAAGAUAUUGAAGACUGUCACAGAAUUCCUUUUUUUAGCAGAUCAAGGCCUGGUAUUCCCUCGUGAAAUUGUGAACUGUGAUCCUUCCUAUGUUCACAUAUGGAUAGGAUCUUAUCGAUUUUGCUGAAAUUCUCAGAACGGCUUUCUACUCUUUAGGCGUCAGAGAGUCAUAAACCUUUUAAAAAAUAAAAAUAAAAACUAGCGGCUUCCUUCACCAGAAAACGUUAGUUGUUUAAUAUUCGCAAGCUAUCUUUUUUACAAUUAUAUUUACCCUCAUUUCAAAAUGUUAGAAACUUGCUUUGCUAUCAGCCUGAGUUAAAUUUUGUUGCAUGUCUUUCAGGUUAUUCACUUUUCCCAAAAAUACAAGUUUCUUUACAUGAAGCCAAACGAAGUGGAUGAAAUGUAAGUAAGACUUCAAGAAAAUAUUAUCCAAUAGGGAACCUAUUUUAUUCCCGGUAAUUAUGUCAUUUAAGAAACUCGUUGCUGCAAGAGGGCCCGGCAUUUUAUGAUAGGCUUCAAGUCACUGUGCUGGGGGAAUUGUCAAGAUUAAGAGAUGUAAUUUACAGCUUUAUGACUGUAAAUCGAUUGCACUAUAAUAUUGUCAAUUUUUUCAUCUGAUAAAAAACAUAUGAAAGUAAAAGAUAUUCGAAACAAAAGAAUUACGGCUUAUGUAAGUAAUGAUUGUGUUUAACACUAAGUUUGUAUCAAAAGUCAUUGAAUGCUCUAGAUAUAAGCCAAGGCUAAGCGACUAAAGUUGAAGUUUCCUUUGACUGGCUUAGAGCUGAUUGAUAAGGGGGAAGAGAGAGAAAAGAGGAUUAACUAACAUGGUCUUCCUCUAGAUUAGAUUGAUGAUGAAUUAAAGAACUAAAUUUUCUAAUUUCGAUCAUAUUUACACAGGAUAGAACGACUGAAGAUAAAGGCCUUUGAUGAUGGUAUGCUGGAAAAAAAUUCGUUCAGUUUUAAAUUAGCUGAAAGACUGCAGCGCCAUUCAAGGGAAAAUAAUCCUAGAAAUUUUAUAUAGUGUCCACUGAGUUGUUCUCAACACAAAGUUGAAUUUCAAUGAAAAUGAAGCCAAUUUGAGAGGAUUUAUUGGCCCUUGAUAAUGCGUUGUCAACCGUUCUGUGCCAAUGUCCACGGUAUAGUAGCAGCUGUGUAACGUAAUUUGGAGGCCUAGCAAACCAUGAAGCUUUAAUUUUGUCAGCAAAGAUACAAGAAAGGAAAUGACUCAUUUAUUUUAAAGCAACCAGAACAGGUCACUUCUUUUUGGAUCGUCGACUAUUUAAAAAUCACAAAUAAUAAUAUCCUCAUCUGCUCUCUCAGUUCAAGAAUUCUCUACAACCUUCUUCCUUGUCAGUACAGAAGCUGUUCGGGUAAGAGAAAGCAGAGCACUUGCUUAUAAUUUACCAAACGUUUAAUAGUCCCCAAUAAUGUGCUCUUAUAAUAAUAAAAACUUAAUUACAGUUGUGGUGAAAAAGAUUCCAGUAGAUGACGCGGUUCCGAUGAUGCAAAGGUAAAGGGACAUGCACACACUGACACAAUUGGGAGCUUUAGCAUCGACGACGACGACGG